AGAAGAGAUGUUCAGGUGCAGAGCGAAAGCGUGGAAAGUGAUAAGCACGGGUUACAGAAAGGGAAAUUGUGCCUAGGUAGAAGGAGAAAAAAAAGUCUUACAGUUGGGAUAGAUCACUGGAAAAUGGACCCAGAGAAACUGGGAAACCUUAGCUCCGGGGGACGCAAAAUUCGGCCAGCUGUGGGAAUAUGAGGGUGCAGGGACAGGAAGUUUGGGGAUGGGGAUAUGAGAUCUUGGAGAUGGGGAAAUAGGGGCGUGGGAGCGCGGAGCACAAGAGGGUGUGGGGAUCCGUGCCCUGUGGGCAGCGGGGAUGGGGCAGCGCAGGGUUCUGGCUGCACCCUCCUGCCUGAGGGGAAGAAAUCCCAGCAGUGACCUCCCACCGCUGUCCUCAGGGAACCCUGGUGUCCGACCGCCCCGUCCCGGGCACCGGGGUACGGCCCUCCCUCCAGGCCUGACCCAGCUCCGGCGCCGCGGCCACGUGUCCAGGCCGGGCUAUAAUUACCCGCACACAUUCCUGGGGGAUCACAGGAGCGUCCCGGAGCUGCGGCGGGCGGUAAGGUGGGAUGAGCGCGCAGUCCCAGCGCACUGCGCAACACGGCGGUGCUGGACACGGCGCACGGCACAUGCCACGCGACCCGGCGCUGCGAAGGACACAUGGCACCGUGCACGGCGGCGAGCAACGCGCGGGGUGCUCCCGUGCACCUCACGGAGCUGGGGGGACGGGGCACGUAGCGGGACGAGCACGGCAGGGUCAGCGCGGUGCGGAGCAGCCGCCGGCGCGGGAGGAGACACGGAGCGUGGCAUCGCGCGCGGUUUGCGGCAAGAUGUGGGUUGCAGAGGGGCCAGCCCCAGCCCAGUGGCACCUGCGGGAUGAGGCCCAUGCCAGACACUUCCUGGCCAUGGCCAACGACCUCCGCACCGCGGGACAGCUGGUGGAUGUGGCUGUGGGUCCCGAGGACGACGUGGCCCAUGCUGUGGUCCUAGCCUCCGUCAGCUCCUUCUUCCUAUGUUUCCUGGAGGAAAGGACCCGAGAGCUGCACCGAGGACCCCCAUCUCAUGUCCCCCUGCCACCAGGGGCCACGCUGUGGGGCUGGCGGGCCCUCCUGACUUUCGCCUAUGAGGGGACUGUGCCCCACGGCAGGGAGAGGGAGGUGGAAGAGUCUGCCUGUGUUCUGGGGGCCCCGCGGGUGGUGGCUGCCUGUGCACCCAAGCUGGAGAGUGACCACCAGGAAGGGGGUCCUGAGGCCCUGGAGGAGCAGUGGGAGACACUAAGAGCCAUGGAGAAGCUCCAUGCCAGCGGCCUGGGCUGUGACCUCCAGCUGCAGGCAGGGGAUGAGGUCAUCCCAGUUCAGAGGCUGGCCCUGAGCUGCUCCUGUGACUUCUUCCGGGCUCUCUUCACUUGCCCCAUGCGGGAGGCGACCCACGACCCUGCCGCCCCUCUGACCACGGGACUGUCCCCAGCGGAGCUGCACCUCCUCCUCUCCUUUGCCUACACGGGGGCCGUGGCCGGGCCGUGGCCCGCGGUCCUGGAGGCAGCUGAGACGUCCCUGCGCUACCAGGCCUGGGGGCUCCUCACCCUCUGCCUGGAUGUUUUCACCCACGGCCUGACCCCAGAAACUGGCCUGGAUGUGCUGGCCUUUGCCGUGGCUUACGGGCUGGCCCAGGUGAGCCGCACAGCGGAGGACUACGUCUUGGCCACCUUCCCUACCGUAGUGGCCACUCCAGCCUUCCUGGAUCUUCCUGCGCACCUUCUGAUCCGCCUCCUCCGCUCUGAUGGUCUCAACGUCCUCCAUGAACUGGAGGCCUUGGAAGCGGCAUCCCGGUGGCUGAUGGCCAAUGGAGAUGGCCAAGAGGACCUAACCAAGGAAGUUCUGUCAUCUGUUCGCUUUGCCCUCAUGUCCGGCCAGGAGCUGAAGAAGAUCCCAUCAGUGACCGCAGGGGUGGCGGACCCAGGGCUCCUCCGCCAGCUGGUGGUAGCGAGUUUGGCCCCCAUGGCCCAGCUGCCAUGCCGGGUGCGCUCCUUGCAAGAGGUGCUGGUGGUUUGUGGCGGAGACAAACUGACGCCGAACAUGGCUGCCCGGAAGCCCAGCACGAACCUCUGGUUUGCCCAUCGCUACCUCAAUGCUGUGGGGCUGGUGAAGCACGUGGAGUGGAGGGAACUGGGGCACUUUCCCGACGGUCCACGCUUCCGCCAUGCUGUGGCUGUGGUAGGCAACGCCCUCUACGUCCUGGGUGGAAAGCGCUACUAUGGGGUCCAUGACACCCUGGCCAGUGUCUACAGGUAUCAGCCCAUGGACAAUUCCUGGGAGCGCCUGGCGAGCAUGACCUGUGGGCGAAGCUACUUCGCUGCUGUGGCACUUGAGGGCUCCAUCUAUGCCCUGGGGGGCAGCUCGGGUGAUCUCUACUGCACAGACACUGUGGAGUGCUAUGACGUGGCCGCUGACACCUGGAGGAGGUGCCAGUCCCUGCCAAUGGCUCUGUGUGGACACGCGGCUUGUGCCCUGGAUGGUGCCCUCUAUGUGUCGGGGGGGUGUGAUGAGGCGUACCAGUGCCAGACAGCCCUUCUGCGCUACAUCCCAGGUGCACCAGCCACACUCCUGGCGCCCAUGAACGGCCAACGAGCCGGCCACAUCAUGGAGGAGGCGGGUGGGCAGCUCUAUGUGGCUGGGGGGCUGUACCAGCGGGACGGGCAGACUGGCUACAGGGACCAGCUGUCCUUCGAAGUCUACAGCCCCAAGCUAGAUAUCUGGGUCCUCCUCAGCCCCUUGCCCCAUGCCCAUGUAGUGGGGGGUGCAGCUGUGCUGGGAGGGGAGCUGCUUGUACUUGGAGGGUACAGCCAUGAAACGUACCGGGACACCCACUUGAUCCAUGCCUACCAGCCGGGCGCCCGGCGCUGGAUCACCCGGGGCACUUUGCCCCACGCCUAUACCGACCUCCAGGUGUGUGUCCUCACUGUACCCGCAGCGUUGCGUGGCCCCAGUUGCCUCAAGGACCCCUCGAGGUCACCUGACGCCCUGUGUAACGCUUAGGGGUCAUUCAAAGCUCUGUGCUCCAUACUGGGCUCCCAGUGGCUCCUCUACGGGGCAGAAUGUCUCCCAGGCUCCUCCCCAGUCCCCAGGAUACUUGCCCUAGACUGUGGGGCACAAAGACCCCCACACCUCCACACUGCACCUCCAGGAAUGCUCACGCUGUUGCUCUGCCACCCCAAGCCCUUCAGUGGGAGCUGUGGGUCUCCCAAUUCCCCCAUACCCUGGUACUGAAUAAAAGUGGCUCCUGAACGGCCUGUCUGCGUCUCCUUUGUUCUGCUGGAACCCACAGCUCUCUCAUAACGGGAGAGCAGGUGAUGAGAGAGCUGAGUGUCCUGGUUGGGUGGUGGUGGGAACCAGGGUUGCCUGCAUUCUGGGAUCCACUGGGGAGGGAUCAGGGGAGGGCACGAGGGCUCUGGGUGCCUGCGUUCACUGGGUGUGAAAUGGGAGUCUGGGGAUUGACAUACAUCUGUGAGU